CAACAAACUUCAAUGGAAGACCAAUUCUUGAAAUGGGGUCUUCACAAAAGUAAUAUACUUGGGAAAAUAUAUCCUAGCAUUCAAAACAUUGUGAAGAGAAAAAAGGAAAGAUAGUGCAACUGAUCUUUGUUACUUUCAAUUUUGUGAGAAAAUGGGAAAACAAGGGUCUCCUAGAGGUCGUCGAGUGGAGAACCAGGAUUUAGAUAUAUCAUUUGGGGUCAAAGAACAUGAAUUUCGAAGUUUAGAUAUGCAACACGGAGGUUAUCCUCCUGUAGGAAGAAGGUUAUCAGGGGGAGAGUUCAAAUGGGACAAGGUUUUUUUAGCGAAAGGGUUGAAAAAUGACUCUGCAAAGUUCACUCCUUCUAAAGGAGUGUAUGUUGGGAAGAGGCAAAUGUGGUGGCUGCAUAGACAUAUUAGGUCUAUAGUUUUCACAUUAUUGUUGAUGGGCUUUCUUUACCUUUUGGAUUCUCUUCUGUUCUCGAUUUUUGACCCCGUGAUGCUUCGGAAUAAUUUUUCUUUACAAGGUUCCAGUAAGACCGAGGUGGAUAUGGUUCCCAGGGCAGUAAAAGAAGAUCCGGUAAAGCUGUAUGAAAGGCUUCUAAAUCUAGCUGAUUCUUCUCUUGCAGAGAGGGAGUUUAAGCAAGAGUCAUCAAAGUUAUGGGAGGAGCCAUAUCCUCAGGCAUCAUCUUGGAAGCCUUGUGCAGAUAAAGCUAGUCCACAUGUUGUCAGGGCAGGGAAACCUAGAAACAUCACUGGUUAUAUAUUAAUCAGCGCAAAUGGAGGACUAAAUCAACAAAGAGUUGCUAUCUGCAAUGCCGUCGCUGUUGCAUCUCUCCUAAAUGCCACUUUGGUCAUUCCCAAGUUUCUUUAUAGCAAUGUCUGGAAGGAUCCUAGCCAGUUUGGGGAUAUAUAUCAAGAAGACUAUUUCAUGGAUAUGUUGAAGGAUGAAGUUAAUAUCAUAAAGGAACUCCCUCUUAAUCUAAAACUACUAGAUGUGGAAGCAGCUGGAAGUCUUAUAACUGAUGCAGAUCUUUCAAAGGAGGCUAAACCUGAUGAAUACAUUAAAAAUAUACUUCCCCUCCUCUUACGCAAUCGAGUUGUUCACUUUCUAGGAUAUGGAAAUAGACUCGGCUUUGACCCGUUGCCUUAUGAACUUCAGAGACUAAGGUGCAAGUGCAACUUCCAUGCUUUAAAAUUUGUGCCAAAGAUUCAACAAAUAGGUUCUUUACUGGUUAGGCGGAUUCGAAAAUAUGAUUUUGCAAGGAGCACAUUGGAUAAGCAACUUCUUGGAAAUUUAAUCCCACAUGUUCCCUUGGGGUCUAACCAUCAUGGAGCAGAAGGCCCUUCUUCCAAGUACCUUGCUUUGCAUUUGAGGUUUGAGAUUGAUAUGGUGGCCUACUCAAUGUGUGAGUUUGGUGGUGGAGAAACUGAGAGAAGGGAACUGCAAACUUAUCGAGAAGCCCAUUUUCCUUUACUCCUUGAGCGUCUAAAGGAAUCAAAGCCUCUUUCUCCGGAGGAGCUAAGAAUGACAGGGAAAUGUCCAUUGACACCAGAAGAAGCAGCAUUGGUUCUCGCUGGCCUCGGUUUCAAACAUGGAACAUACAUCUAUCUUGCUGGAUCUGACAUAUAUGGAGGUCAAUCAAGGAUGCAAGCUUUAACUACCCUCUACCCAAACCUAGUGACCAAGGAAAAUCUUCUCACGUCAAGUGAACUAGCACCGUUUAGAAACUUCUCUUCUCAACUUGCAGCAUUAGACUUCAUAGCAUGUGCAACAUCUGAUGUAUUUGCCAUAACGGACUCAGGAAGUCAGCUAUCAUCCCUCGUGUCAGGGUUCAGAACAUAUUAUGGUGGUGGUCAUGCUCCCACAUUGAGGCCUAGCAAGAAGAGGCUUGCUGCAAUUUUGUCAAGAAAUAAAACCAUAGGAUGGCACAGUUUUGAGGGGAAGAUAAGAAAGAUGAUUGAUGAAGGUCAGAGACUGCACGUACGAGGUUUGGGACGUAGCAUUUAUCGACACCCCAGAUGCAAAGAGUGCAUGUGCAGGCAUUAAGGGUGGUCAUAGUCUAAUUGAUUGUCCAACAUUGAAUUGUUGAGUAAAAGAGUACAUAACAUUUGUCCACUUUUGUAUCAAAUCCCAGGGGGAAAAGUGCAGGAGUACAGGAGAUUAGUCCAUGCAUACAUACGAAAU